CAUAUUUUUUACUUCUUCCUAGAAGUCUUUGUUAUACAAGGGAUUGUAAUGAAAUUGAUCUAUUUUCAUCUUACAGAAACUGCAUUUUUCUGUUGUACUAAUUGUCUCACAUAAAAGUUAAUGAUGUUAGACAUAUGUUUGUUAAACUGCUAUAUAAUGCCCAGCAGUCUAAUACCAGCACUUUAGAUAUGAUGAACAAAGCAAAUAUUUGCUCCCUCCUGUGCGACUUCAGCUUGGUCAAGAAAAAAUGAAUAAAAUAAAUAAUUACAAUGAUGAUAAGUAUAGAAUAUGGUACUCUGUGGGAACUCAGAGAAGGUUUCCUUUGGGAAGAAGUUCUUGGAGUAAGGUGGAAAGAUUGAAUGAGGGAAGUGGUCGGAUAUUCAGCGACUGGUGUGAAUACUCUGAGGCAGAAGGGAACUCAGUGAGUUUAUGUGGGUUUGGGUUGUAUAGUGACAAGGUGUGGGGAGUUUGUGUAACCUGGAUAAUUUACAAGGAAAAUGAGAUUAGACAGUUAAAUGGAGACCAGCUUUUAUAGGACCUUUUAUAAAAUGCAGAUUAAACUAAAGUAUUUUAAGGAAGGAAGUGCCAUGUUUUGUUUGAAUUUUGGAAAAGAUACUCAUUUUUGUGCAUAACAGAUUGAAGAGAAGCCACGAUCAACACAGACCGGAUUGGAAGCCACUGCAAUCGUCUAAUUUAAAAGUGAUGCUGGUUUUCCUACGGUCAUGAUAGUGGAGACAGAGAAAUGGAAUAGUUGAGGAAUUAAAGUCUGAAUCCACACACUAUUUGCUUCCUUUAAAAUAUCUUAAGAAAUGACAUUUAAUUUAUCUUCUCCAGUUCUUUGUAAUGUUACUAUACUGCUCAUGUGGUUUUUUGGAAGUCACCGUUUGUUAUUUAUCCUACUUGGCAUUAAUAGCUAAUUUCUGCCUUUACUGUUAUAUUUCUCUUGCUGUGAUAAGACACUAUGACCAAAGCAACUAUAGAAGAAUGGGGUGGGUGUAGUUUCAGAGAAUGAGUCCAAGACCAUGAUGGUGAGGAGCAUGGAAGCAGGUAGGCAGACAUGGUAAUAGAUCAGUAACUCAGAGCUUGCAUCUUGAUCUACAGUUACAAGACAAAGAGAGCUAACUGGGAGUGGGGUGGGCUUUUGAAACAUCAAAGCCUGGCCCCAGUGACACACCUCUUCCAACAAGACCACACCUCUUAAUUAUUCCUAAACAGUUCUACCAACUGUUGACCAAGUAUUCAAAUAUAUGAGCCUAUGGGGACUAUUCUCAUUUAAACUAUCACAGUUACUUUGUUGUCUAGGACAUUGUUUGGAUUUUUAAUAAUGAAACAGCAUAUAUAAAAUAAAAUAUAGGAUAAGCUAAAUAAUAUGUAAAUACAAAAUGGUGUUUCUUCUAAUAAAUUAGUUUGGGCUUUUAGGAAGUAAGUAUAAAGUAAGCUUAACUAAAGAUAUUUCUGAGAUGAUUCCUGGUUAACACUUGUCAUUGAAAGGAGAGGGAAGUAGUUGGUAGUGAUGAUGAUGAAUAGCAGGGACACCAGACCUCUAAAAUGAGAAGACUGGCUCUUGAAUUAAAAAGAAAAAAUGGCAUAUGUGAUGUGCUAUGUAAUUAUAUGUAACUGCUCUUUUGUUAUUGAAGUUCCACAUUCUAAGUUAUUUCCUGUAAUUACCACACCAGAAAAUAUGAUACAAAAAAAUUCAGGGGCUAGUGAGUCAGUUAUUAUAAAGGAGAGUACGCCUUACUAGAACUUCUAACACUUUUUUUUUUAAGUUAGUUGGAGGAAGGAUGGAGGCUUAGUGGGUUAAAAGCACUGCUUUCUGGACUCUCUUUUCCACCAUCACCUUUUAUCUUGGAGCCUAUGCAACCAUGGAUUGCUUACAAUACUUUUAGAAUAAAACCCUUCCUAGUGUUAUGUUUUGGAAAUAUAAGAAACUAAAGCAAUCUAGCACUUUAAUUUGUAUAAAAGAUUUUUUUUGUUUUCUCUCUCUCUCUCUCUCUCUCUCUCUCUCUCUCUCUCUCUCUCUCUCUCUCUCUCUCUCUCUCAACAGGAUUUCUCCUUUUAACAGCCCUAGCUGUCUUGGAGCUAGCUCCUGUAGGCCAGGCUGACCUCGAACCCACGGAGAUCUGCCUGCCUCUGCCUCCAGAGUGCUGGGAUUAAAGCUUGCACCUUUGCUCACCAUUUUCGUAAUUUUAGGGAUACUAUAAUUCAAAACUAUUUUGAAAUGUGUCUUUUUAAAAAAGAUUUAAAUUUUAUUAACUUGAGUAUUAAUAAUAUUAACUAAGAACACACUUUUUUUUAAAAAAAGACCUUUUAGAUUUACUAAUUUAAUUUUAUGCAUUUGUGCUUUAGUGUAUAUGCAGUUUGCACUUGUAUAUUUAGGAGUCUGUUCAGAUCAAAAGAUGCCAUCAAAUUUCCCAGAACUGGAGUUUGAGUUUGUGGUGGUUGCAAACGGCCACGUGGGUGCUGGGAGCCAAAGCCAGGUCUUCUACAAGAGCCAUAAGCUCUCUUAAUUGCUGAGGUAUCUCUCUAGCCACUAGCACUUGGCCUUUUAAAAUUGUUUUGUAGUAAAGCUUAAUAUUUUACUUUUCUUAGUGUGGAAUGGAUAACAUGUCUACAUCCAUAAAUAUUUAUCAAAUGUAAUUUUAUUUUGAAUAUUUAUUGUUGUAAUUAAGAGUAUUCUCAUCUUUCCAAGCAUGGUGGCACAUUCUUUAAAUUCCAUCAGGGAGGCAGAUGCAGCUGGCUCCCUGGGUUCGAGGCCAGCCUGGUCUACAGCAAGAAUUCCAGGACAGCCAGGGUUACACAGGGAAAAUCUGUCUCAUUCUUGUGCUGCCUUGUUUAAAUGGUUUUAGGUAUCUGUGUAAAUCCAAUAUUUCUCUGUAAAAAAAUACAUUGUAACUUGCAAUAUACUUAAAUUUUAACUUUACAAAACUGAGUGUAUUUACUCUAAGAUUUACUUUUCUAAUUUGUCUCAUAAAUAUUUCUGUUGAAAGGUGUACUUAUCUUUCUGUAUUUGACCACCCAUGAUUUUUAAAAAUAACACGGUCUUCUAAAAUAAAAAACCCAAACAAACAAAAACUAAAAACAGUUCAACAUGGGGAACAGAGUAGGCUAUCUAUCCUUUUUAAGUCAUUUUUAUAAAACAUGAAGAGAUUUUCUAAAUGACAGACAUUAGAAGAAAGAAGAGAAUGGGAUUUAGUGGUUCGGUGUUAGGAAUGAUAGUUUUGACUAUUUUUAGUCCCAGUUUCUUACCUCUGUAGUUGUAGUCAAACCAUGUUUUCCUUCAGUAGUCCCCACUUUGUUUAUUUGGGAAGUAGUUAUUAUAGUGAUUACGUAGAUAUCUGAGCUUUAAAAAUAGUUUGAUAUAUAUAUAUAUCAAAUAUAUAUAUAUAUAUAUUGAAAGAGGGAGAAUUAGGGAGAGAAAGAAAGAAGGGAUCAAGGCAAAGGGUGAAGGAGUGUAAUAGUAUCAAAGAGUCCCACAAUCACCCAGGAUGGAGUAUAACAAAAGUGUAUUUAUUUGAAGAUAAACUCACUGUAAGAGUAUCCAUCUGCAGUCCUCUGUAUGCACUGGGAUCUGGAACCAAAUCCAGCAGGAAAGGGUGGCCUCACACACUUUGCAUCUGCACUUAUAGUCCAUGAGACCAUGCCCAAAGUGGGCCAGUAUCUUAAAAGCUACUGGCUGAAGGAGUUCCCACAACAAAGGAGAAAAAGGGGAGGGAAGGCAGGAGAGGGGAGUAGAUCAAGUUAGUGUGUGUGAGCAUACUUGUGCUCAUGUGAGAAUCAGAGGAAAACUUGUGAAUUUCUCUUCUGUCCUUCCUCAGUGUCAUGGAUGUUUAUUAAACUUGGGUUGUCAGGGUUGUUGGUGACAAAUGUCUUUUAUCUGCUGAGCCAUUUCAGUUCUGAGAUUUAAGAAUUUUAUGAAGAAAAAAGAGUAUAAAAGCACAUAGCACAUUUUCUGGCAUAUAGGGCAUGUUUUCAAUAUGUAUUACUUUCCAUUGCAUUUUUAUUUUCCUAAUUUGCUUUAAUUCUGUGACAAUUGUAAAUUUUUUUCUGGUAGGGUUUUCUUUUGAUGUAAUAAAGUAUGAGAAAUAAGUUUAAAAUAAAUGAAUGACUGCAUGUAGUAAGUAAACCUAGAUACAAAUGUUUUAAUAUGCACCAAAUACUUGAGCAAUUUUUUUGCUUCUGCUAACUUAUAUAUGUAAUAUAUGUAGUUCAAGCACUGUGUGAUAUUAAUUUCUUUACCUCUUGACAUAUUUGAUAUAGACAGAUAACCAUGGACUAAGUGCUUCUAUUUAUUCUGAUGUCCCUUGUCCUCUUAGAUCAUAUUGACCCAGGUAUUUCUCCAGACAGGUUUCACUGUCACAGUUCUUUCCUGGUGUUUUGUUGUGCAGGUCAGUGCCAAAUUCAGCAUAUUCAUGUGUGGGGGGCAUGUACUGGAGAGAUGAGUAAAUGACUUUUAAUUUUUAUUUAAAAUAUGAUAAUUUACCUUAUAGUAAAAAGUAGUUGUAUUAAUUUAAUUCAUGAGGACUUAAAUGAUUUUUAAUAAUUCAUAAGUUUUAUUUUCAGCCAAAGAGUAUUAGGUUACUGCUGACUUUUUAGUGUCAUAGUACCUUGUGGUACUUUCUCUACAAGGUUUAAAAGUAUAUGCCAGUUUUGUUUCCCUAGCACUAUACAUAAGAAAUAAUUUCUACAAAUGCUGUAAAAAGAAUGCCUUCAGAAGCCAUUAAAUGCUGUUUACAUCUUAAAAGGAUUGGUCAGUUUCAUUGUCUUCUUUGUCAAUCUUGAUCGGAGCUCACAGACUAAGUCUAUAAGCCUGCAUGUGCCUGGCAACUGUUACCUAGUGACAGUUUCAGCUGCAGUAGCCAUUGGCUGUGCUGAUUGGGGCAGGAGGACCGAGUCACCUUUCUGAUGGUGAGUUCUUCUGCAUCAGCUCUGGAUAAGGAGGAGGAGCAGACUCUGGCUCAGGUGGAAGCAGUGAGACCGAGAAACUGUAAAGACUCUCCCGGCAGCAUCUUGAUAACUGCAUCACAGUAAAUCGGACUUCUGAAUCAAGCAGCCCUGCUACACAGCUGAUAUGAGUGAAUUCGCAUGAGAAGCAGUACCUUAUUCCUGUAACAAGAGAACUAUUUUGUGAUAAGUGAAACUCAGCAUGUCCAAGGAGGAGUAUUCUGUGGCUGACAUAAAAGAAGGACUUCCCUGAAUGGUGUGUUGCUGCACAAGAAAAUAACUUUGAGAAGAAUGCUUUCUAUUAAGCUGCUACAUUGUUCCUUAAGGAAAUGUUUUCAUUUCUAGCGCAUGCUAUUUCUUGAAAAGCUAUGCCAACAAAGAGUGACAAGAGACUCCCUGAAUUGCUUGUACUUGGGGGAAAGACUUUGGCAAAUGUUAACCCGGUGCCAGAAUGACCUUGGAAGCCUUUUGGAUGGAUUCUGCCCUGCCAGAAUCUAAGUAUGUCAAAGCCCAGGAUUUAAACACAUCUUGAUGUGUUUUGAUAUUUUAAAACAAAGACUUUUUCCCAGCCUACCUGAUGGUCCUCCUUUAAUUGAGUUUUUGCUUAAAAUAGAAUACAGAAACAGAAGAGGCAUUUUCUUAACACAUGGCUGCUAAUAACUGCAAAUAUAAUAAAACAAGAUUUAUAUUUCAUAGCACUAGUUAAUAAAUCCAGUUUCUCUAGAAGUGCCUAUAUGUCCAAAAGUUGCUUGAAAGCACCGGAAGGAGCUAACAAGAGACCUCUUUUCACCUUUCUAGCUCAUCCUCCUCCUUUAUCCCCCAAAGCUGAGAUGUGUCACUGGUGAACUAAGGCUGAUGAAGAGCCCUGAGCACACUGUGAGAUGCUCAGCUGUAAUACAGGCAUUGGCACUUUCUACUUACUGAAGCAGGUUCUCAGACACUGAUUUGCAGUGUGUCUGGCACGGGCACCUGCUUGCUGCAGCCAAAGCUACAAAUUUUCCUAAUUCCAAGCCAUGAAUGAAUCCAAGUGGACUGAAUGGAGGAUCCUGAACAUGAGCAGUGGCAUUGUGAAUAUGUCCGAGCAUCAUUCCUGCCCACUUGGAUUUGGUCACUACAGUGUGGAGGAUGUUUGCAUCUUUGAGACAGUUGUUAUUGUCUUGCUGACAUUUCUAAUCAUCGCUGGGAAUUUAACAGUCAUCUUUGUCUUUCAUUGUGCUCCACUGUUACAUCAUUAUACUACCAGCUAUUUCAUACAGACAAUGGCAUAUGCUGACCUCUUCGUUGGAGUUACCUGCUUGGUUCCUACUCUGUCUCUUCUACAUUACUCUACAGGUGUCCACGAGUCAUUGACUUGCCAGGUGUUUGGAUAUAUUAUCUCAGUUCUAAAAAGUGUUUCUAUGGCCUGUCUUGCUUGCAUCAGUGUGGAUCGCUAUCUUGCAAUAACCAAGCCUCUUUCCUACAAUCAAUUGGUCACCCCUUGUCGCCUGAGAGUUUGCAUUAUUAUGAUUUGGAUUUAUUCCUGCCUAAUUUUUUUGCCUUCUUUUUUUGGCUGGGGCAAACCUGGUUACCACGGUGACAUUUUUGAAUGGUGUGCCACAUCUUGGCUCACCAGUGCCUAUUUUACAUGCUUUAUUGUCUGUUUACUUUAUGCUCCUGCUGCCUUGGUUGUCUGCUUCACUUACUUUCACAUUUUCAAAAUUUGCCGGCAGCACACCAAAGAGAUAAAUGACCGGAGGGCCCGAUUCCCUCGUCACGAGGUAGAUGCCUCUAGAGAGGCAGGACACAGCCCGGAUCGUCGCUAUGCCAUGGUUUUAUUUAGGAUAACCAGUGUAUUUUACAUGCUAUGGCUUCCAUAUAUUAUUUACUUUCUUCUAGAAAGUUCUCGUGUCUUGGACAAUCCGACACUGUCCUUCUUAACCACUUGGCUUGCUAUAAGCAAUAGUUUUUGUAACUGUGUAAUAUACAGCCUCUCCAACAGUGUUUUCCGCCUUGGCCUCCGAAGACUUUCUGAAACAAUGUGCACAUCUUGUGUGUGUGUGAAGGAUCAGGAAGCACAGGAUCCCAAGCCCAGGAGACGGGCAAAUUCCUGUUCCAUUUGAAAAGAACUGCACAGUAAAUCAAAUGUAAUGUGACUGUGGUUUUGGAUUGUAUUCUUGAUUUAUUUGGAAAUUUGCCCUAGAGAAAUGUUUAUGUGAAUAGUUGACUAUGAAGUGAGGAAUGACAUUAAAGAUCUCUUUUAUUUCCUUUUGUACAAGAGCAAAAGGAAAGGAUGUAUGGAGAAUAAUCUCGUAAGAGAAUUACAGCUUGUGAAUAUGUGUUCAGUGUUUGAUUCUCAUCACUGAGGAUCGGAGAGGUACUUCAAAUCUGCAAAAUGAGAGCUUCUUAGCAUCUCUUUUUUUUACAUUCUCUCUGCCUAUGUCUGUCUUUUCUUUAGACUUAUUCUGUGUUUUUACUCCUUGUACUUGUAGUUGUUCAUUAUUUACUAACCUGUCCUUCAUGAAAAGUGCAAGUACUACAUAUAUGAGACCAAGUAUAACCUUUCCAUCAUAGCACUGAGACAUGCAGUCUACAUCAGUUGUGUUGUGUUUAGGGAGGGUACACAGUAAGUGUUACGUUUUAUUAUUUUUCAUACCACACGUGUUUAUGUUCUUGUCAUCUUCUUCACAGCACAGAUUCUCCACUACAAACAGAAAGGAACAAUAUCUUUUUUUUCUUCUGUAAAAGGACUUUUGGUUUCUUUUCCUUUCCCCAACACCUGCAAUUGCCAAAUCAAUAUUUGAUUCCUCUGAAACAAACUCUGUAAGUGUCUUAGCUGAUGAACGAAUCCUCUAUAUAAGGGAGUCAAGGUGUUAAAUAAGGUAUUUUUUUCUAACAAAGAAAUCUAGUAGUUAAGAGAUUGUGUUUAAUACUUUGAUGGAUUUUGGAAACAUUUCAUCUGCUUUCUUUGAAGAUUUUUCAUGUGCCUAAAGUUUUUUUUUUGCUAUAGUAAGGUUUUUAUAUUUUCUCUAUAAAGCCCAGAAUAUUCCUAACGCAGAUGCAGAAUACCCACCUGUGAUGAAUAUCACUCUUUGUGCUACUCAUAAAGCCCUUUAGAAAAAGUUAAACACUAAGAUUGCGUAUUAGGUUUGCAACAACUUAUUUCACGACCACUACUCAUUUUUAUGGUAUGUAGUUGCAUAGUCCAUAUUUUUUUUACAAAAGUAUAAAUUAUAUUAUGUGGCUUGUGCCUAAUGUUUUCAUAUAUAUAUAUAUGUUGUUUAAGUUGUCACCACUGGAACCAUAUGUAUGGACUUAUUUUGAAAGGAAAAUACUUUUUUUUUUUUAGGAAAAUACUUUCGUGUAGUUGUUUAGAUAUUUAGAGUAGAGGAAGCUGCCUUCUUAGUGCUGCUGGUGAUGCAGUAUACUUACGAAAAGCAGUUUAGAUUUGUUUUAUAAUGGUCUGUUUUCAAAUGUGGAGAUUAACUAAUUUUGUAAUGGGCUACUUGAGAGUAAAUAAUAAGUUGUUGGGAGUUUAGGUUUUGCCAUAAUAAAGUAGAUGUGAGCAGAGCAGCUUAUAUUUUUAUCCUAUGUUCUUGCUAGAAAAGUUUUAAAAAUUUCUAUGACACUGCUGAGAAUUUUUCUUCUUAGCACUUAAGAUGUUUUUUUUAAUUUGUCUUAUGAAAAACAUUUAUUGAAGCGUGCCUAUGACUCUAACAUAGAUGCCAACCAUGUCUGCACACUGGUGUUUUGACUUUAAAAGUCUGUUAAAGAAAUGUUGUCACUUUAUUGAGGUUGUU